AGUGGACAUUCAAAUUUCAAACUAGUUGAGUGAAAUAGCGGUACGGAGUAAUAGACAACAUCCAUUAGCCAACUGUCGGUUGCAAAAUAAGGUCUACAAACCAACCUUCAAUUCUAGCAGUAUAAAUAACCACCACCACCCCUCGCCUCCCCUCAUUCUCUACAUUUUCAAAGAAGGUGUCUUCAUAAACGCCUUCGAUUUCGUUCUCUUUCUCUCUCCUCUUUCAACAUUUUUUCUUCGUGUUAGAUCUAGAAAUUUCAAGCGAAAAUGAGGGAGUGCAUUUCAAUCCACAUCGGUCAAGCUGGUAUCCAGGUCGGAAAUUCUUGCUGGGAGCUUUACUGUCUCGAGCAUGGUAUUCAGGCAGAUGGCCAGAUGCCCAGUGAUGUAACUGUUGGAGGAGGAGAUGAUGCCUUCAACACCUUCUUCAGUGAGACUGGUGCUGGAAAGCAUGUUCCCCGUGCUGUGUUUGUUGAUCUUGAGCCCACUGUCAUUGAUGAAGUGAGAACUGGAACUUACCGCCAGCUUUUCCACCCUGAGCAGCUUAUCAGCGGAAAGGAGGAUGCUGCCAACAACUUUGCCCGUGGUCAUUACACCAUUGGUAAGGAAAUUGUUGACCUCUGCUUGGACCGUAUCCGCAAGCUUGCUGAUAACUGCACUGGGCUCCAGGGUUUUCUUGUCUUCAAUGCUGUUGGUGGAGGAACUGGUUCUGGUCUUGGAUCCCUCCUUUUGGAGCGUCUCUCUGUUGAUUACGGAAAGAAAUCCAAGUUGGGUUUCACCAUUUACCCAUCUCCCCAGAUCUCAACAUCAGUGGUUGAGCCCUAUAACAGUGUCCUCUCAACCCACUCUCUCUUGGAGCACACUGAUGUAGCUGUUCUUCUUGACAAUGAAGCCAUCUAUGACAUCUGCAGACGCUCACUUGAUAUUGAGCGUCCUACUUACACCAACCUUAACCGUCUCAUAUCUCAGGUUAUCUCAUCUUUGACUGCUUCUCUGAGGUUUGAUGGUGCUCUAAAUGUGGAUGUGAACGAGUUCCAGACCAACCUUGUCCCAUACCCCAGGAUCCACUUCAUGCUUUCCUCCUAUGCCCCUGUUAUCUCUGCUGAGAAGGCUUACCAUGAGCAACUCUCAGUAGCUGAAAUCACCACCAGUGCCUUUGAGCCAUCUUCCAUGAUGGCCAAGUGUGACCCACGUCACGGAAAGUACAUGGCUUGUUGUCUCAUGUACCGUGGUGAUGUUGUUCCCAAGGAUGUGAAUGCUGCAGUGGCCACCAUUAAGACCAAGCGUACCAUUCAGUUUGUUGACUGGUGCCCAACUGGAUUCAAGUGUGGUAUCAACUACCAGCCUCCUGGUGUUGUUCCUGGUGGUGACCUUGCUAAGGUCCAAAGGGCUGUGUGUAUGAUCUCAAACUCCACCAGUGUUGCUGAGGUGUUCUCGAGGAUUGAUCACAAGUUUGACCUUAUGUAUGCCAAGAGGGCCUUUGUUCACUGGUAUGUUGGUGAGGGUAUGGAGGAAGGUGAGUUCUCUGAGGCUCGUGAGGAUCUUGCUGCUCUGGAGAAGGAUUAUGAGGAGGUCGGUGCUGAGGGUGCUGAAGAUGAUGAGGGUGAUGAUGAGGGCGAGUACUAAGCAGUUCUGGUUUCAUAUGCAUCUAAAUGUCAGCAGCUCCAUGUUAUUUUGUUGAGUUUUUCCUGUUGCCUUAUUAUGCAGAACAACAUUUACAUUUUGUAAACCUUGUUGCCUAAUCUAAGUUGUUGGUUUACA